AUGGCAUACCAAAAGCCUCCUUCAAUUCCAAUCACAGAUCUUGAAGCACAGGAAAUUACUUCUACUCCUACUCCUACUCCUUCCACCACCCCACCAGCCAAAGGUUACUCAGCCAAAGUGGUGGUGAACAGAUUGAAGAGCAACUUGGUUUUUCAUUCAAAAUGGGGUGAACUCAAUGGUGCCAUGGGUGACCUUGGAACUUAUAUACCAAUAGUCUUGGCCUUGACCCUUGCUAGGGACCUCAACCUUGGCACCACACUCAUCUUUACAGGUGUGUACAACAUCAUCACUGGUGCCGUCUAUGGGGUCCCUAUGCCAGUCCAGCCCAUGAAAUCCAUUGCUGCUCAGGCCUUGUCGGACACCAGCUUCGGAGUGCCGGAGAUCAUGGCCGCGGGUGUAUUAACCGGUGGGGUGUUGUUUGUUUUGGGUGUGACAGGGUUGAUGCAGCUCGUGUACACGUUGAUUCCUCUGAGUGUUGUGAGGGGUAUUCAGCUAGCACAAGGCUUGUCAUUCGCUUUGACAGCGGUCAAGUAUGUGAGGAAAAUUCAGGACUUGCCAAAGAGUAAAUCUUUGGGUCAGAGGCAUUGGUUUGGGUUGGAUGGGUUGGUUUUGGCCAUUGUGUGUUUGUGUUUUAUUGUGAUUGUAAAUGGGGCUGGGGAGAAUAAUAGAGGGUGUUGUGAUGGUGUGGAAAGUGACGGCGUUGAUUUGGGUGGCCGAAAGAGGAAUGAUAUUGCAAGAAACAAGACAAGCAGGGUGAGAAAGGUUAUUUUCUCACUACCUUCUGCUUUCAUGGUGUUUGUGUUGGGGGUUGUUUUCGCCUUUAUUAGAAGGCAUGAGGUGGUGCAUGAAAUAAAGUUGGGACCAUCUCCAAUAGAAGUGGUGAAGUUCUCUAAGCAUGCAUGGAAAAAAGGCUUUGUGAAGGGUGCAAUUCCCCAACUCCCAUUGUCAAUUUUGAACUCUGUGAUUGCUGUUUGCAAGUUGUCAUCAGAUUUGUUCCCAGGGAGGGAUUUCUCAGUCACUUCAUUGUCAGUGACAGUGGGGUUGAUGAACUUGGUUGGAAGCUGGUUUGGUGCAAUGCCAAGUUGCCAUGGUGCUGGUGGACUUGCAGGGCAGUAUAAGUUUGGUGGUAGGAGUGGUGGUUGUGUGGCACUUCUUGGUGUUGCCAAAUUGGUGUUGGGGUUGGUAUUAGGAAGUUCUUUGGCACACAUUUUAAAGCAAUUUCCUGUGGGAAUUUUAGGGGUGUUGCUCCUGUUUGCCGGAAUUGAACUAGCCAUGUGUUGUAGGGACAUGAAAACCAAGGAAGACUCCUUUGUGAUGCUUAUCUGCACUGCAGUUUCACUAGUGGGAUCAAGUGCAGCUCUCGGCUUUUUAUGUGGAAUGAUUGUUUAUGUGCUUCUAAAGCUAAGGAAUUGGACAAGGGAUAAACCACUUUCUACCAUUUGGACAAUGACAAGCCCGGAGCAAGUAUGA